CAAAUGUUGAGAUUACUUUUCAAAACCAAUGAGCGACGAGGGGCGGGUUAAAUCAGCGAUCUAGUGUUUGCUGUAAGGCCCCGAAUCGAAGCGACGACGAUUAAGUUAAAGUGAGUUAACGUUGUUUUCUCACUGGGGACUGACAUCUAAGGCUGGUGGAAUAUGUCACAUGCUGCCAAGCAACAGCAGAGCACUGGACCUCAGCUGCUGUCUGCAAAAAGUCAGAACGGGGAGCUUCUUGUCUUUGGGGCCAUCAAACUGGAGCAUAGUGAGACAAAUGUGCGGGCGGCAAAUGCAGGCGAAGGUGGGAACACAGCAGGCAGCCAAGGGAGAAGCACGGAGGAGGAGCCGGUGAAAAAGCGUGGUUGGCCAAAAGGGAAGAAAAGGAAAAAAGUGCUUCCAAAUGGACCAAAAGCUCCCGUGACAGGAUAUGUGCGUUUUCUAAAUGAGCGACGCGAACAAAUCCGAAGCCAACAUCCUGAGCUGCCCUUCCCAGAAAUCACAAAGAUGUUAGGGGCAGAGUGGAGUCGGCUUGCCAUCGAUGACAAACAGCGCUAUCUGGACGAAGCAGAGAAAGAAAAACAGAAGUAUAUGAGAGAACUGAAGGAGUACCAGCAGAGUGAGGCGUACAGACUGAGCAAUGAGAAGAUCCAAGAGAAAAAGAUCAAGAAAGAAGAAUGUACGUCAGUCAUCAUCAAUGCGGUCACAAAUGGGCCAGGACACAAGAGCGGUGACCCACUUUCUGACAGAUUCUCCAGCUUUGAUGUACCCAUUUUUACUGAAGAGUUCCUGGAUCAGAACAAAGCAAGGGAGGCAGAAAUCCGUAGGUUACGCAAGGCCAAUGUGGAAUAUGAAGAGCAGAAUUCAGUGCUGCAGAAGCACAUAGAAGACAUGCACAAUGCCAAAGAGAGGCUGGAGGCAGAGCUGGCGCAAGACGAGCGAGAGACUCAGGCUUUACAACACCACCUGCUAAAUAUCCGGCAGGUUCUCUCAGCAAGCUUUGCGGCAGUCCCGCUGCCAGGUACAGGGGAGAUCCCAACUCCCAGCACAGUGGAGUCCUAUAUGACCCGAUUAACCAGCAUUCUUGAAAGCAGCCCCCUAGAGUACAAGAAGCUUGUUGCCAAGAUACAGGAGAUCGUCAGCCAUUUUGACAGUGAAAACAUCUGAACAGGAUGUAAGGAAGGAAUUGCUGCUCAUUGGUGGGACCAUGCCUUAUGGCCUUUUAUCUUUAAGCGGAGGAGCAACCCCAACCUCUGCACCUUGAUUCAUGGGAUUUCCUGAUGCUGGCUUUUCCUCACAGACGGCAAGAUGAAAUAUAUGAAGAGCUCCCUAAUCACUGCCAUCUGCCUCGGGGGGGGGGGGGGGGGGGGGGGGGGGGGGGGGCUUUUGAAUGGGAGAUGUUGGCAGUUAGCUAUUUAGCUCUCCCAUAUAUAUAGUCUUGCUUUGCCAUCAACAGCUGUUUUGUUGGGGAAUAGAAGUUUACCUCACUGCUAUGCUUUUGGAGGGGCAGAGCUUGGGACUUUAUUCCACCUUUAGCCCACCAUGACAUUUUUCUUUUUUUUUUUUUUUUUUUUAAAUAAGGUACUCUGAUUACAUUUUAUUGCACCAGUUGCAUUUUAAGUCCCCUCUCUUUUAUUUCUAUUACAGUUGUAGGUUUAAAUUAUUUCCACCCUCGUGCCUUACAAAAUGUCCUGUUAGCCUCUGCCUCAUAUGAUUUUUGCCUUUCAGAAAUGUAUCACAUUCCAUCAGUAGGGCCUUUUUUUAAUGAAACAAAUGAAUUUUGAUUUUUAUUUUUUUUCACUCUGGAAUUUCUAAAAUAACAAUUGCUUAACCCUGAAA